UUUUAUGUUAGAAGCUACCUCAGGGUUCCCGAUUAUUUCUAUAGUUAUUGUGCACAUUUUAAGAGUUUGUCAUAAUUAUACUUUCAUUUUUUCAAUUAACAUUCUGUCAAUUUUAUUUACACUUUUAAAAUUUAUUCUAACGAUAACCCAAAAAUUCAUGCCCGACAUUAGUGGCUCAAUGCUGGUGAAAAAGUCCAGACAGUAG